AGAUGCUAUCGGGAAUGAUGCAGAGAGAUGGCACAUGGGCACAUCGCGCGAUUUGUGUUUUAACAUCAAACGAGAAUUUCCAUUGCAAGAAUCAGUCGAUCGAUGAUAAGAGUGCGAAUGCAACAGAGGACAGUUAUGCAAGUGAAUGGAAUCGGCUGAGGUCGAGAGGAAUUCAAGUGGCAAACUGUAAGACUGUCUGCAACCGCAAAGGCGCUUUGGCUGUGCACAUUGGUGGUGCUUAAAAGUGUGGCAAAGAAUCAAAUGUUAAUUUAGUUCAAUUGUUUCGAGUAAAUUAUGUGAUACAGGCAUAUGAAGAUUGAAUACAUAAUCGUUUAAGUUGUGUGGGAAGUGAGUACAGUCGACUGAUUUGGAGUAUAACCCUUAUUUCCGUCAUAAUUGAAUGUUUUUUUAAAAAAGUGAAAUAAUAUGUGAACAACGCAAAUGAAUCGAUCAAUUGCAAAAAGGAGGCAAGCAUAAAAGGUUUCUGUGGUGAAGAAAAGUGGGCUUAGCCUUUCUGAGAUAUUGUGGUGAUAAAAAGAGUGUUACGCAAAGCACCACAGAGAAGAGAUAAUGUCGUCGAUUAGCAUGGUCGUGGGAGCAGUCUUACUGCUGUGUAGUGCUGUGAUAAGUCCAGUGUAUGGAAUUUUCGACCGGUUGGUAGUCCAAACGAGCAGUGGACCAAUCCGAGGACGGUCAACGAUGGUGCAGGGUCGGGAGGUGCACGUGUUCAACGGGGUACCGUUUGCGAAACCACCCGUCGAUGGAUUACGCUUCCAGAAGCCGGUCCCAGCCGAACCAUGGCAUGGGGUGCUGGACGCCACAAGGCUACCUCCGUCAUGUAUUCAGGAGCGAUAUGAAUAUUUCCCGGGUUUUGCCGGCGAGGAAAUGUGGAAUCCCAACACGAACGUAUCGGAGGACUGUCUGUAUCUGAACAUUUGGGUACCAACGAAGACCCGUUUGCGCCAUGGACGAGGACUAAACUUUGGAAACAACGAUUACUUCCAGGACGAUGAGGACUUCCAGCGGCAGCACCAGUCCAAGGGCGGCCUCGCGAUGCUGGUCUGGAUCUACGGGGGUGGGUUUAUGAGCGGAACAUCAACGCUGGACGUUUACAACGCAGAAAUACUGGCGGCCGUUGGAAACGUAAUCGUGGCCUCGAUGCAGUACCGAGUGGGAGCAUUCGGUUUCUUCUACCUUUCGCCCUACUUGAACGGCCGUGAAGAGGAGGCUCCAGGUAACGUCGGACUUUGGGACCAAGCGCUGGCUAUUCGGUGGCUCAAGGAGAACGCCAAGGCCUUCGGCGGCGAUCCGGAUUUGAUCACACUGUUUGGCGAAUCGGCCGGGGGCAGUUCGGUCAGCUUGCACCUGUUGUCCCCGGCAACGCGUGGGCUGUCCCACCGUGGCAUCCUACAGUCUGGAACCCUGAACGCACCCUGGAGCCACAUGACGGCGGAGAAGGCCCUGUCGGUGGCGGAAUCGCUAAUCGACGAUUGCAACUGCAACGUCACCCUGCUGAAGGACUCACCCGGCUCAGUGAUGCAUUGCAUGCGAAACGUGGACGCAAAAACCAUCUCGGUCCAGCAGUGGAACUCGUACUCAGGCAUUUUGGGAUUCCCGUCGGCGCCAACAAUCGACGGUGUGUUUAUGACGGCCGACCCGAUGACCAUGCUGCGCGAGGCCAAUUUGGAGGGAAUCGACAUUUUGGUGGGAAGUAACCGUGACGAAGGCACAUACUUCCUGUUGUACGAUUUCAUCGAUUAUUUCGAGAAGGAUGCAGCCACGUCGUUGCCGAGGGAUAAGUUCUUGGAAAUAAUGAACACCAUUUUCAGCAAGGCGUCGGAACCUGAGCGUGAAGCGAUUAUAUUCCAGUACACUGGCUGGGAGAGUGGCAACGAUGGAUACCAAAAUCAGCAACAAGUCGGGCGAGCAGUCGGCGAUCAUUUUUUCAUCUGUCCUACCAACGAGUUUGCGCUGGGUCUUACAGAGCAGGGUGCUUCGGUGCAUUAUUACUACUUUACGCAUCGCACGAGCACCUCUUUGUGGGGCGAAUGGAUGGGCGUUUUGCACGGCGAUGAAGUGGAGUAUUUUGGCCAGCCGAUGAACGCAACCCUGCAGUACCGACAGCGAGAGCGUGACCUUAGCCGGCGCAUGGUCCUUUCCGUGAGUGAAUUUGCGCGAUCCGGCAAUCCAGCGUUGGAGGGUGAACACUGGCCGUUGUACACAAAAGAGAAUCCGAUUUACUUCAUUUUCAACGCGGAAGGAGAGGACGAUCUGCGGGGAGAGAAAUACGGCCGGGGUCCGAUGGCUACGUCGUGCGCGUUCUGGAACGAUUUCUUGCCCCGACUUAGGGCAUGGUCAAUUCCACCAAAAUCUUCGUGUAAUCUGCUAGAACCGACGUCGGGAGCACCAGUGCGCUACGUGGACAUUAAGGUGCUAACAGUUUUAACGGUGUUAAUCGUGCUGAGAUUAUUCUAAACGCAUCCAAACGCCAUGAAUCACACCUAUCUGGACCUUUCCCACCAUCCCCUCAAACACCGCUGAGCUAAAUAGAUAAUGUGUACAACAAACACCACCCACCACAACCAAUAAACUAACUACCAGCAGCAACCAAAAUUACCCGAGAAGGAUGCCAGAGGAGGCAGCAGCAGGUGAAGCAGAGCUUUACACGUGACCAUCCUACACACCCACUCGUAGGAUUAACUUUAGUACAAGGGACAUAGUAAUAUAACCAUUUUUUUAGUAUUCUCAACACAUGGUGGCACGCGGUGACGAGACCCUUAAUGAUAAGACAAACAAGAAGAAUGAGAAAAUAGACACACAAAAAAUCUGCAAAUAAUGUUGAUAUCGAGGUUUUGCUGACCUUAGAAUGCCGCGAUUGUUGUUUCGAAUGGAUGGAAGCGAUUGAUUUUCCGAUUGUGCGUAAGAUGAGGGAUGAGAUUUGGACGGAGAAAGUAUAUGAAGUGAAUGUUCCGAGCUUGACUGGUGAGGCGCGGGCGCUUUCCAUAAAAAAAUUUUUGUUCAAAAACAAAGACACACAAACAGCAACACAUCAGAAAAAAAAACAAAUACACGUGGUACAGGCCACAACAAAAUACUCCCCCGUAACCUCACAGGAACAAAAAUAAACAAAUGUUUGUUAGAGAAGUAAGUAUAUGCAAAUCGCUAAAGUCACCAUUAACUGUUUGCAUGAUCAAAGGAAAUGUCGAAUCACGUGUUUUAUGAAAGUUAAAAAAUGUGGAGGUAAGCUAACGUUCAGAAUUCAACGUGUAAAAAAAUUCUUGUUAGAUGUACUAUUGGUUCAAAUGCAUCAAGUGUUUUUUGUUUUAUUUUUGUUGAAAGAUUCUCAGUUUGAUAAGAGUCAUGUCAGCUGGACAUGCGUUAUUUUCUAUUUCUGCAGCAAUAUAGCAAUGAAUAGCUGUUUCAAUGUUUUAAGUGUUAUAGAAUAUAAAUAUGCGAUAUUGUGGAACCAUAGAAAUAAAGAUAAAACUGCACAUACAGAAUGCAUAUCAAGUGUAGUGUAUUACUGAUAACCGAGGCAAGUGUAAGGUAAAAUUGUUCAACAGUUACAAACGUAUCACCCUUGACUGACGUUGAUUUUGUUUCAGUUCGCGUAAGUGCAAAGCAAGUUAUUUGCUUUUAAGUAUGCAAACUUUCACUGAAAAUAGCAAAAUGACAGAAAAAAACAAAAUGAGUAUUAUUCUGAAGGGUAUUAGUAUGUAAAAUUACACAACAGAAGAUUUUUCUAAAGACCUAACCAGUAUGUCCUUUUUAUUUGGAACAAAAAAAAAUUCUUCAAGGUGCAAACAAUGUGAAACAAAACAAAAAACAUAUCAAUGAGCAGGAAAAGUCACAAACAUAUCAUUAUUAUUGAAAGAAAAAAAA